AAGAGUAAUAAGUGAAAUGAAGACAGGUCAUAUCAACAGGAAGGCGGCACGCAUCACAAGGCUCACUUGUGUUCUAGAAAAAUUGUAAACAGAAGAGACGAACUUGUUGAACUGAGUACGUGAGGAACGCAAGCACUCGAAUGGACUCUUAGUAAGUGUCCUCUUUCAUGUGUGAACACCACCUCUGGGCAUGGUGAGCCGGGUAGAUCAAAUUUACCGGAGUAUCCUCCUCACCAAGUUCUUUGUGCGGGGUUGGGGAAAACCAGAAAAUCUUCGAAGGAUAUUUGCUUUUCGCAAAAUCCUAUCCAACCGAGAGACAUGCCAGCACUUGGUGGACAAGACUCACCCUGUCUCCAUCACCAAGGAGGUGGACAAUGGAGACCACACCGUGUUGGAGGCGGAGUUCAUCUCCCCCUUUGUGGAACAGCUGCCUGGCCUGCUGCCCAAGGAGUCAGAGAAGGCCAAGUUUCAGAUAGUGCUACCAAAGGUGUGGCGCACACCUCACCUCAAGCCCACCUGCCUUCACCUGGCUGGCACUGGGGACCAUGGAUUUUGGCGCAGGAAGAUGUUAAUGGCCAAACCUUUACUAGAUGACUAUGGCAUUGCUUCAGUCAUACUAGAAAACCCCUUUUAUGGCUGCAGAAAGCCAAAGGAUCAAUUGCGGUCAAGCCUCCACAACGUGUCUGACCUGUUUGUGAUGGGAGGGUGUCUGGUGCUGGAGAGUCUAGUCAUCUUCCACUGGUGUGAGCGCCAAGGUCUGGGUCCCCUUGGCAUCACAGGGAUAUCUAUGGGAGGCCAUAUGGCCUCUCUGGCAGCCACCAAUUGGCCCAAACCUCUACCGCUGGUUCCCUGCUUGUCGUGGACCACAGCAUCAGGAGUGUUCACUCAGGGUGUGCUGAGUGGAGCCAUCAACUGGGAAAUGCUCAAGAACCAGUACUUCUCCAGUGAGGUGUUCAGAGAGGAGCUGUUCAACAUGAUUCAGUCUCCAGAAGGGCACUUUCCAGUCUACCAUGAGGUUGGGCAGCAUUUUGCUCGAGAGUUCCCCAAGAGCCUGUCCCAUGUGCAGCAGCUGAUGGAAGACCACAAGGAGAACACUCCCAGGAGGGAGUACCGUCAACCACGAGAACAAGAACAGGAGUCUGUGGCACCACAGAGAGUGGCAUCAGGUGGGGGAGGGCUGAGUCUGUCCCUUCCCAAGCUAAACAUCUUCAAUGCCCUAGGUCUGUCUGGCUCCAGCCGUCAGCAGCAGAAAGAGAAUGUUCUGGUGGGCUACCGGAAGGCCAAGUCACAAGUUUUCCGGCCAGACUUCACUCCUGUGGGCAUCAGACCCAAGCAGGCCGUCAACAUGCCAGAGGUAAAGUUUGAGCCUUAUAUGCCGGUGAAGGAUGCACUCACCUGGGAAGCAGUGCAGUUCAUGCGGGGUGUCAUGGAUGAGUGUACACAUCUGGCUAACUUCAGCAUCCCUGUUGAUCCCACUCUUGUCAUCAUUGUGGCGGCUAAGAAUGAUGGGUACAUGCCCCGCAGUGGCAUCAUUCCUCUGACAGAUCUGUGGCCAGGGAGUGAGAUGAGAACCCUGAAGACUGGACAUGUUGCUGCCUAUCUCUUCAACCAUCAGAUGUUCAGGAAAGCCAUCAGGGACUCAUUUGAUAGAGUUAUAGAUAAAUAUUACAGCUGAGGGCACUGCCAGGAUCCUCCUCACUGCCAUGCUGCCUGCCAGAGGUCAGUACUCAGUGUCUUGUAACAUGACAACUUUGGUAAAUCUGACUUUGGUGUGCUGUGAAUUUCAUCUCAUUCAGCAGGAAAGUGAUAUUAUUUUAUCUCUGGCUCAUAAAAUAGAAUUUCAUACUGCUUCCAUAUUGCUGGAACUGAUGCUCAAUGGCACAAAAACUUUGUUUUGAGUUUUGAAGUGUUUCCUUUUCAUAGGCAGAACAUUUAGUAGACAUUUGUAUUAUGCACUUUAUCUAUCACAGUUGCUAUAAUUCUCUUGUCUUAAUUAGUCAUAUAUCUACAAAAUAUAUAUUGUAGAUUAUUCCUUUUGUGGACCCAAACUAGCGUUAAUCAUAAAGCUGUUAUACUUUUGCUACUUUUAUAAUGAACUAGUCACUGACCAGAUGGGAGUUUGUGAGUGAGGAUUUUUAUGAUGCUUUACCAGUGAACAAUUAUAGCUUUAGAUGAAGUCAAGGAGCAUCACUGCUAUGUGUAAGUCAACAUUUAAAAAAACUGUAGGGUUCAUGUUUUUGAAGUGUUAGUGUUUGUAGGAAAAUUUCACAUUAAGAGAACUGGAAAACUUGUAUUUUCAUGCAUUUUAAUGCAUUUCUGACAUAUGAUAUGUGGAUAUGAUAUUCUAACUCAUCCCUCAUUCUGAACAGUGCUCCUAGAUUUUUGAAAAUUUCUGGCAGUAAGUACAGUGUCACUGUUAUAUUAACAAAUAUAUAUGGAUCACGAAUGACCAACAGGUAAUUAAGGGUGAGAAAUCUGAAUCCAAGGCAUGCUUCCCUGGGAAUCUCCAGGUUUCCUAAAUGGACAAGGUCUGGAUGCAUGGGUGACAUUAAUGUUGCCUUUCCAUUCAGCAGAGAUUCAAGAGAUGAUUGUUGGUGAAAACUUUCAGUCACAGGCCUUAAUGAAAUGACAAGCCACACUGGGAUGAGGGUUCACGUGACAGGAACUCCACUGGUCAACACAGUUAGAUUGUUGGUUGUUUUUGCCACCACUUAGGCUUUCAGUACUUUGUUUAGAGCAAAAAGCUGUACAUCUGUAUGCUGCUUUAUUUUAGAAGCAGUUUUCUUGUUUGUGUGUUCAGAAUAAUUUUGUUACAAAGUUGUGAUUCACAUAGCUAAGGUUGCCUACUAGUAGGCAAUAUAUUCAAGAAAUGCUGUUGACAGUUACAUUUUGACUUGUUUGUUUUCUUGGAUUGAAUUUAGCAGUUCAAGGUUGUUAUUUUACUCAUAGAAUAUUUCAGCGGGGCUGUGCUUAUCACAUUAACAUUUAAGGGUGGCCAUGUCUAGCCAAGUUGUGGUGGCCACGUAUAGUUUCUUACCACGCAAGAGCAGCUAUGUACUUCUUCACCUCACUCCUCACAACUGCAGCCUCAAGUGGAAGAUUCUCUGUAUGUACAAAUCUGUGCUGUGCUGAGGACAAGGAAGGGAAAGUGUCUUGCUGCCCAGCUUCUUGACUGGUGCCAUAAUGCUAGGGUUUUGUGGUUAAGUUGAUUUUGUCUUGAGGGUUUGUUUUGAAAUGAUGGUAAGAUAAAUAUACCUGUGAACCUUGAUGAGAUAGGAGAGGUUCAUGGUGUAAAGUGUUGCACUGCCAUUUAAGGUACCUGCUCAUGAAUGUUGACAGAUACACUGUUGCCCUUUGUAAUACCAAGGCACUAGGGAAAGUGCAAUCUUAAUGCAUUGGUUAUCCAUCUUUGGUUUUCUCUUUGAAAUAGUUGGCUAAGACGAAAUGAGUGCAAAUAUUAUUUAAGUGUACAACUGUGCAAACACAUCGUGGGAUCCAAUGCCUUCCCAUUUACUGCCCAGGGAAUGGGAGGACAGAGGUUAGAAACAGAAGACUGUAUUAAUUCUUUUCUGUUUCACUAUGUGUAAAGAAAAGCUGAAGAGAUCAAACACCUCUGUAAGUUUGUAAGUAUGGCGUGCUGCCUUUGGGCACAAGUGUUCAUGGGGAGGAGUACUUGUAAUGCACAAAACUACUACUGCAGUUCCAGCUUUAUAAAUGCUGACUGGCAUUUAAAAAUAAAUAUGGGAUUGA